AUUGCAGCCUUGACUUUUGGCGUUCACACGGACUUAUUCCUUUGAUGUCGCUUCUCCUCGGUCAAGGCAUGGUUGCUUGUUUUCUUGUGUUCCUCGUAUUCUUAUCCCAAAGUUUUUCAGUCAGUUACCUGAAGUUCGAAAAAAUAAAUGGAGCAUCUGAGGAAUCUUUAAUUUUUCUGAAUGACGCUAAUCCAACAGCUCUUCUUGAUGCUUCAGCAAAUACUCAAAGGAUAGUUUAUUUUGCACAAAAAAGCCCACCAUUGGGUUUAAAGCUGAAUUUUGCUUGUCAUGUCAAUAAACAAGCGAAACCUUUGGAUAAAAUGUCUUUAUGCUGCCGCAGUAGUGUGAAAGAUACCAAACGUACUUGUGUUCAGCCAGAGGCUGAAGGUACAUUUUCCUGUUUAAAUACUGAGUUUCGCUUCAGUGCUGACGAAACGACGGGGGCAAGUUUCUCAAUUUCUUUAACACAAGACGGUCCCCUGAGCAAUCCAAUCAGCGGACUGUUUUCGUGUAUUGUCGGUACAGACGAACUCAAUGUUAUUGAAUCAAAUGAAAUAGAAAUACGAGAUGCUGUAUUUUAUAUUCUUCAACUAAAGGGUACUCCUUCAACAAAGAUAGAUGUCGUUCCACCAAUAUCAGAAUUUCCGCAUGAGUUAAGGUGUGUAGAUGAUAUCAGCAUUGUAUCACGCUGGCCAUACUGGAUGCACCAACUAGAUGGCAGAUACGGACCAUACAGAUGGGAAUAUUGUCUGGCCACAGGGAAACCAAAUGCCAUUACGUGUUCUAAAAGGCCCAUUCAGUUUUCUCCCAAUUCUAUUGUCGAAUUUAUAAAUGGGAGCGUGUAUCUCACUGAUGCACCCCUGGUUGAGUCGAAGUCGAUAGCUAUCGUGUGUAAGCAUGUUGGACAACUUGGACCUAUUAGAACCUUUGCUGGAAAAGUUGCCGGCACUGAAUCCCCCGUGAUCCUUGAAGGUCUUUCAAUCGAGAAGACUAGGAAUUCCAGUACUACGAAGCUGUAUCCUUUAACAUCACUAACAUCAAGUUAUGUCAUCAAUAAAGGUACCAAACUUCAAGACUUUAUGCUUAAAGCUUUAUAUCGACAACCUCAAGGGGACUAUGAAUUUCAUUGGUUCAAGGAUGAGCAGAUGUUGCACAGCAGAAUUGCGACAAAAUACAGUUAUACACUUCCUAGUCUUAUUGAUGAGUCUGUAUCAGGAGUUUACUCACUAGUUGUGAAAUCGAAUGAGGAUAUUUCCGAUAGGUUAAUAUUCACAUACGAUGUUAAAGUCGUUUCACCUCCUUUCUUUAAGGAUCCAAGAUGUUUGAAAGAACUGUUUUACGUAAUGGAAGGGAAUAACUUCGGCUCUGUGUGUGAGUUUGAUGGCAGGUGGAAUACAGUUGUAUUUGUCGGUGUGGCUUCGUUUGAAGCAUCUACGUAUCAAGAACUUCGCAUGUUUAUUGAUAAGAAUCUCAAGUACUCAAAGCAACAACUUUCCCAGUUGGAUAUUAUUUUUCAUGUAGAUGGAGAAGAAAUGAAUAAAAGAAUUACAGUUAACAUUACAAAACUGAAACUUAAUCAGGAUUGUGAACUAUCUAUUCGUUUACAUUCUAUAUACGGUCAGUCACGCAUAUCGACGUCACUUAAAGUUGUUCCUAAGCCUCAACUCACAAUAUCACCUUCCGAUGAAAAUUGCAUAAAAGAAUGUGACGAAACUCCGUACAAUGUUUCUUGUGCACUAAAUGAAAAUAUUGUUCAAGAAUGGAAAUCAAAGUUUAAUAUAGAACCAUCUAUUGAUUGGAUCAUUCAAAAUCACUGGACCAAAGCACAUUUGGAAUCUACUGGUUUAGGACAAUUUAUAACUUCUAAUGGUGGACAUGAUACAACCCUAACAGUAUGGCCAGUAGGUAAACCAAUUCCUUUUAUUGUUAAACAUGAAGAAAAUAACAACAAACGACCAAAAGAAGAAUCUGGGAUAGAGGAAGAAGAAGAAGCAAUAGAGAAGGAGAUAAUGAACUUGGACACUGAAGAUGAACCUGUUCAGAUACCUAGUACGACGACACUAAAACAAUUUCUUGCACAAAAAAUAGGCGGAUCUGAAGCUCAGCCGCCGAAAGAUCUUAUUUUAAGCUGUUGGAUUCGUUUAUCGGUUAUUGGUAAAGAAGCUGAAUUUGAAAUACCAAAUGGAUUAGUAUCACAUCAGUCAUUUGCACGUCAAGCUCAAUUUGCACAAUCUUCUGGUAUAAAUCGUUUAAUCUAUGAUUCCCGAUGGGAAACAGACACUGAACUAGCGAAACGAUUAACCGCUGUUCGUACAUUUACUCCUGAUAUAAUACCUGGUAAGUUUUUCGAGUUAAAUUAUUUUGUUUUUUUUGGGGGGGGGAGGUGAGAUUUCAUGUAUGUUUAUGAUAGUUUGACAUCUACAUUUUUCUGCGUAACAUUUUUCGGUGAUACGAAAAAUUGACAGUCAUUCUUAGCCAACCAGCACUAGUGGAUGAUUGGAGGAGACUCUAGAAUCUUCUUGUGUAAGAUUCUAAGUAUAUUAACGUUUUUCUUACUGUGAUUCACUCAUUCAACUUGGUUUGUUUUGGUGUAUAAGUAAGUUCUUGUUCAAGCUGUGUUCUGAUUUUAAAAACUAGUCGAAUUAAAACUUAACAACACGAUAACCUGAUUGUUGGUAGUCAACUAGACAGUUCUCAUUCUUUUUUACUUUCGUUAUAUUCUUUUCUCGAUCAGUUAAAUGAAAAUAUCCUCAAGAAUUUAUUCUUGUUCUACUGUCCUUUUUAUCUCCUAAUCAACUUACUAUUGGUCGUUUAUCCAGUGACUGAGUUUGAGAUAAAUAGGAUGUUCUUGACAGUAGUAAUUAAUCUCGGACUCACUCCUGAAUGAAAACCAUGAUUUGCACUACAAAUUUAUACUUUUACUUCUAAGUAAUUAUAUUGCAGAUAAGAAUGGAAAUUACUCAGAUGUCGAUAUGAAUAUGAUAAUAAAUAAGUUUGCAGAAAUUACCAAGUUAUUGAUUGAAGUUAGACAUUGACACUGUUGCAUGCCAUCUAAAUGGUUCAUAGAUAAGCCGUUGCUGCACAAUCCCAGAUUUCAGCCUUCGGGAUCGUGAAUUCACACUGCCCCACUAAGGAGUCCCGUACUAUGACAAAAUGACCAUCCAGUGUUUGCAAGUUUUCAUCGGUUACUUAACUUAUAUCGGUUCAUUGUUUCAGUGAAAGUCAGCAAUAUCCACAACCCCCUUAUUGACAAUUCUGGGAUGCAAACACACCCAGCUGAAUAGGCCAAAACGCUCAUCCUAGAUUCCACUGCUAGCCAUAUCCCAUCUAGCCUUUAUCAACUUGUGUCGAGGUAAUCCUCACAGGAUGCCAAUAUAUUCCAACGAAGAUUGGUCACAUUUCAGUCAAAAGUAUCAACAACGGGAUAACUCAAACCAUUUCAAAUUGAGUCGUCAAUUCAAAUUACAUAACUUACCUACAUAUUGAGCUUUGGUGGAUGACUUUAUUCAUGCUUCAUUCGAUAUUUUUAAGAAUUCAUGGUGUUUCCAUUUCAUUAGUUUUUUACUGGAAAACUAGAUUGGAAAUAUAAGGAGGCUGACAAGCUUUAGUCCAUAUACUAAGCGUAAACAUAAUUUAUUUAUAAUCUUAUCAAAAUAGUGUAAAUAGCUCAAUUUGACCAUAUAUAUAUGAAUAUAUUAUCACAGUUUUUGAAAUGAUUGUCUGUUAAUUGAUGGUUAGGAUGUUUCUUUUACAUAUGCUGUCAUUUAUAGAUGAUAAUCCUUUAAUGAUGAUCUAAUCUCUAUUCUCUCUAUCUAGUUUUUAAUUUGUAAAUGAGAUUACAGAAUCUAUCAUUAUCAAAUCCUACCUUUUAUGCUUAUCUCCAAUAGAUGAAAAUCUCCUUCAUAUGUAUAACCAAAUUUUACCCAGAGCUUAAUUAUAUGUUCAACAUAGAGUCAAAAUUUAAUGUUAGUCUGGUUGCAUUUAUAUCCAAAGUCAUCUCUUAAAAAAAUUUAAAAUCAAUAAAAGAAACUGAUAAUUGACAUAAGUAUCCAUGUAUCAAGUACUAUUGCUCAUGCAAUCAGAUCAACGCUGAUCGAAAUUGAAAGGCCACUUAUUCAUCAAAUCAAUUCACCGUGGUGAAUUAAUCUGGCUAAAACAAGAUCCAAUUUUGAUCACUGUUAAAGCUAUUGUUUACAAAGUUUUCAUGAGGCAAGAGUGAUAAGAUUUGUGCAAUAGAAUAAGUUCAUUGUAUUCCAAGGUUUCCAUUCAGCUUCAAAAGACCUAAAUUUAAAAUAAAUGGUAUUAUCAUAAACAAAGUUUUCCAUAGCUUAGUAAGUGAAGUUGUGUUUUCGAAACAACACAGUAAAUAAUAUAAGAAACAGAAAGACGCCAUAAGACAUAGUAUUUACGAUUGAUUAGUAUUGAAAUUUUUGUUGUUUAAAUCACAAACAACUGGAAGAAAGAGCCUAGGAUAGAGUUGGUUGGAGAACCCUAAUCGGCGACUUAUUCUCCAUGAGGUGUAAUAGGCGUAAGUAACCGGACAGCUGUUUCGUCGUAGUAUGGCACUCAGCAGUGCGCAUCCAUGACUCCACUAUCCAUUAGACACAAGACCUUACGUCUCGCCCGCUAACGCUAAAUCUUCAAAUCACUGAGUUGGCAUUUAAUAUUGUACGUCCCUACCUUCAGUAGAUUCAUGAUAUUGCAUACCCCUCAUCUAUUUUCUACGGUAGGUAACUGUCUCACAUUUGACAUUAUUGGACUCCAUUAGUUACGACUUCACAUUAGAACUCCAGGAGUUGUACCUUGAAUUUUGUCAUUGGUGAAAACAAUUAUUAUCAAUAUUGGGGGUAUAACUAAGAUCGCUUUUUGUUGCGCAAACUGAAAGUUUUACGAUUUCCAAUACUGAUAGUACGUACAUGGUGAUAAUCAAUCUAAUGUAAAGAAGGGUGUGACGUCAUGAAUAGAAUGUUUGAAAAUUCAAGAUAAAAUAGUGAGAUUAUGUACUAAACAUUGAUGGGUUCAUGAUUUCUAUGAAACUAAGCUAUCUUCACAACCCAAUACUGAUAAUAAACAAACGUGUCAAUGUGACUAUGUGCUAUAGUAAUGAAAGGUUUACCACUUUUUUCUGUGUACAAAGGUUAUGUCGAAAGAGUUUGAUAACAACGAGCUUUGAAGAGCGGUAUAAAAUUGGCGUCCGUUACUUUUUUUCUGUACUCUUAUGAUAUUCACAUUAUAUUCAUUAUCUAUUAAGUGCUUUCGCACUUACGAACAAUUUACUUCCUUUCACAAACGAACUCCGAGGGAUAUGUCCAAAAAUCCCUGGAGAUACCCUCUUUUCAGUUCACUCUACGUGUUUGCUUCCACAUUCAAUCCCAUUUACAUCUGAAAAGAAGCUUCUAAAUAUGACGAACCGAUUCUACUCUGCAAAACAUUUCAUUCUCCUUUUAUCUAAAUUUGUCAACAGCGUUAGCGUGCAUAGAACAAUUUUUUACAGUUUGAGAUGAAAUCUGUGCAGUAGAAUGGGACUCCAUUAUAGUGACAUUAUUGAUCGGUGUUUGGUGCCCAUUAUUUAUUUAUUUAAACAUAAAAGUUGAUACAAACGGACACCGAAAUAUAUAUGCGCCACACAAAAAUGAGAUUGUGAAGAAAUAGAGAAGGGAGGGUGAAUAUAAUAAAAAAUAAGAAAAAUGAAUGAAAAUUAGUCUAUGAGU